AUGAAUAAUUCAACAGAUGAUAAUAUUCCAGCGAUUAACAAAGAAUUAUAUCCGGCUUUAGUUCAAUGCUUUGUUAUUAUCACUUUUGGUUAUAUUGCCGGUCAAUUGAGUAUAUUAACACAAUCUCAUUCAACUGGUUUAUCACGUUAUAUUAGUAAUUUUGCUUUACCGGCAUUAAUAUUUAAAAAUUUAGUUACAAUUCAUUUUGGUUCGGUUUCAUGGCCAUUUUUAGCAUCUAUAUUCAUCGGGAAAUCUAUCAUAUUUUUUCUAACAGCUCUAAUAACAUCUUUUAUUCAACGUCCAAUAAAUUAUGCUAAUAUUGGUUUAUAUUCAAUAAUCACAUCUCAAUCGAAUGAUUUUGCGUUAGGAUAUCCCAUUGUCGAAGCGGUUUAUCAACAUUCACAUCCAGAUUAUUUACGUUAUAUUUAUUUGAUAGCGCCCAUUUCGCUAGUUAUAUUAAAUCCUCUAGGAUUCUUACUUAUAGAGACUCAAUCUAGACUUAACGAUAAACGUUUAGGCUACGGACAUGUUACAGGUGAAUAUUCGUCUAGUCGUCUAAGAUUGAUAUCAAAAAUAAUUUGUAAUCUUCUCAAGAAUCCAAUGGUAGUUGCGACAAUUUUGGGUUGUAUAUUUAAUCCAAUAUUCAAACAGACACUACCAUAUAUGCUUUUACGUAUUAUUACACCUCUAGCUGAUUCAUUUGGUGCCACUGCUCUAUUCUAUCUUGGCCUACAAUUAGUUGGAAAAAUUCGUAAACUUCAUUCGUAUGUUAUUUUUACUGUAAUGAUAUUAAGCAUGAUUAAAUCUCUUAUUUUACCAUUAUUAAUUCGUCAAAUUGUCUUUAUGUUAAAACCAAAAGAUGAUACAAAUUCAACAUUAGAAUAUUCAAAUUAUGGUUUUUUAUAUGGAACAUUUCCCGUUGCACCCACAGUGAUCUUUUAUGUUCCUGAACAAAAUAUUUUUCUUCAAUCUGUUGCAUCAACAUGUUUAGUUGUCUCAACUCUUUUGGCUGCUCCUAUUAUGUUAAUAUCGGCAAAAAUGAUUGCAUUAAAAACAAUUGAUAAUAAAACAUCAGCAUCCUAUGAAAAUACAUUGUGUCAAGCGAGUUUUGACGUUUCAAUUAUUAGUCUUCUAUGUACAAUUAUUGUUUUUAUUGGAUUUAUUUUGAGACGACGAUGGAAAAAAAAUUCUUUAAUUCAUCGUUAUACAUUAAUCCUUUUAAUAUUACAAUUAAUGUUAGCUUUAUGGAAUAUACCAUCUCAAUAUAUGAAAAUACAUACGAUUGCAUGGCAAAAUAUUCUACAUGGAAUUGGAAGUGUCUUUCUUGCAUUAGCAACAAGAACAUGGUCAGCAUCCAUUGCAUUCAUUCUCAUGACUAGAGUAUGUUACGGUGUUCAAAAAACACGACAAUUAUUUUGGUUAUAUCAUUUAUUUGGAUGGAGUUUACCAAUUAUUUCAAUUAUUCUUGUUAGUGUAAAAUCAGUACAGAAGCAAACAUCACUGGUAAUUGAAAAAUUUGGAAAAAUUCAAGUCAUAUUAUCAAUUAUUGUUCUUCUCAUAUCAAUAUUAUUGAGUAUAUACUGUCUCGUUCGUCUGGCAAGAAGAACAUAUCGCUUGAAACAUGAUGAAAAUCAUCGAAGAUCAAGUCACAGUGAUACAACAUUAACCAAUGAAUCAAGACCAUUAAUUGAUACUGACGAUAACUCAUCAAGACAAAAUGAUGAAUUAAACAAAGCAGCAACAUUCUCUUCGUCGAUAAUAACAUGGUAUAUUGAUAUCUUUGUUGACACUAAAUGGAGUCAUAGUAAGUAUCUAGUCUGUUUAUCGAUAUUAAUAUGGUCAUUCUUCGAUCAUAGUCACACUGGAAUUUAUUAUGAAUUGCAGUUUGUUGAUGCUGUAUUACUCUAUGGUCAAGGAUUUAUUACGUUUCUUGUCUUUGCACUUGAUGUCGAUGUCUUGUUGCCUAUUGCGAGAAGUCUUGGCACCGGGUUAAGCUAUGUUGGAUAUCGAGGAUUACAAGAAUUUUUGAAUGCUAAUAAACAAACAAAAAAUAGACGACAUGAAACAAUGGAUGAUGAUACUUUAACUAAUUUUGAGCAAAAUAUCAAACCAAAUUUUCUUGAUUCUAUAAAUGAACCAGACAGUUUUCGAAUGCAACCAUUUUAA